GCUUCUCUCUCUUCUUCGCUUUCUCCUCCAAGAUUCAACCAUGUCUGAAACAGGAAAAACCCUCGUCGACCAACAGGAAAAGUUUUAUGAGGAGCCCGAGUACGCUUAUGGUGUCAAGGAUGGUGAUGAAGAUGGAAAUAUCUUCUCAGAUGAAGAAGUGUCUGAAGAUGGCGAAUCGAUCCAAACUCGAAUCGAGCAGAUAUCAAUGCUUAAAAAGGAGUUCAUGUCAGGUGGGCAGCCGAGACUCGAAGAAAUGAUCCGUGUCAGACAACUCACGGAUCUCCUGAAUCUUGAAAUGGCAAUGCACAAUCUUGAUAUGAAGCCCAUGCCAUGUGUCAGCCAAGUCACCAUCAAGAGAAUCAAAGAUACGAAGGUUGUCAUAUCGAAUCCAACUGUUUACAAGGUCCCGAAUUCAGACACGUACGUUAUCUUAGGGAAUGAUGCACAAAUCGAAAAUUUGAGUUCGCUGUUGCAGCAGGCUAUGGUUCGCCGUAAUGCGAGUAAUGAUGUGGCGGAGAGUGAGUCUGAGUCAGACGAGAGCGGGUCAGACGAAGAUGACGUGGACGAGAGCGAGUCAGAUGAUGUGGACGAGAGCGGUUCAGAAGAAGAUGACGUGGACGAGCGCGGUUCAGAAGAAGAAGAUGACGUGGACGAGAGUUGGUACGAGAACCUGAGUUGGUCGGAACAAGCGGAUAUAAAGAUGGUUACGAAUCUCACUGGGGUUUCGAAACGUAAAGCUGCUAAAGCUCUCAAGGAAUUCGAUGGAGAUAUUGUGACUGCUAUUAUGGAGCUCGACUCGAAUUAG